AUGGCAGUCCCAACCUCUACAGACCCCUCUCCAGACGAGGGGGAGAAUAACGGACACGGGCAACAAAGUAGGACUUCGCCGUCUGAACUACCUGCCCACCACGACCAAGACCCACGGCCCAGCGAACUCCCAAGUCAUACUGUAAGCAACGUCGAAAGCGAAGCGCUGCCAAAUUACUCGCGACGUCCCGACAGUAACGCUCCUCGUCUACCAUCUUAUGCUCGAGUAGAGCGUACCGAUCGACUUCGGCGUGAGUCCUGGCAAACAUUUAUCGAAAGCAAAAUGUAUGGGCCGGACACCUUCGGCGGGCAUAAAGGAAUUACCGACGGACCGCCGAACGACCCUCUGAAACCUUUCCGAUGGAUACGGAGAAAGGUGAAGGGCGAGAAAAAUGUUUGGAGGAAGCUAUCGGUUGAGGAGAGGAGGAAAUGGGAGGAAGAAGGGGGUCCGGUCAAUUAUGAUGCCGGAGAAUGCUUACUCUAUCUAACCCGAGGUCUCGCCUCGUUGAUAAAAUUGGCCGCAGCUGGCGAUUAG